AUGGCGAAAUGGUUACUAUGGAGACCCAUUAGUUUUUGUUUUACUUUUGCUUCACGGCCUUGUAUUCUCUCCCUAAGUUUACCAUAUAUCCCAUGUUGUUUUUGUCAUCUUUUUCUCCAGAAAAACAAUAAUUUCACCGCAGUAAGACAAAGGUGUGUUGAAGAAUUGGAAGAAAUUGUGAGGAAGACCUACCACAGUGGAACGCCUACAGGGAAACCAAUCUCAUCAGUUCCCACAGGUCCACGUUCCGAUUCCCGUUCUCCUACGGGUAAACCUCCCACGUUCAAGUCUACUGCAACUGCCGUCCGUACUUCCGCUUCACUGCAGCAAGGCCGGAAGUCGCCAGCUUCAAGGGGAACCUUGGGAUCUACCGGAUCAACAAGUGGUGAUAUGACAGUUAGCGUUACUUCCGUCACGGACCGGUCCUUCACUGGCACUUCCGUGACAGAGCGAACUCUGAGCGAGUCUGAAGAGGAAGUGAGCGAGACUGAAGGAUCACAAGAGGAAGAAGAAGAUGAUGAAGAAGAAGACGAAGAGGGCUCUAAUUGGGAUUCAGAGGAAGAAGCAGUCAAACCACCCACUCAGCCGACACACAAAGUCGCAGUUCACAUUCCCUCGCAACAGGACGCUGAAUCGGAUUCAGAUAUUGAAGAGUUAGCUCCGGUUAAAACCAUUCCUAAGGCCGCUCCACGAGGUGAAAAGGUGAGUUAAUUUUUCAAGCUGUUGAUUCUAAGAAUGUGGUGAAAUGUCAAGUACAAAAAAUGUUCUUUCCUUUCCCACCCGAAUUAUUUGCAAAGGUUGUUUGAUGCAGAUUAUGCGCGUUAGGUUCUGCUAAACCUUACACAGGCACGUAAAAUUCUCACUUUCAUGAUCAGAAACCCAGAAAAUGCGGUGGUAGGCGUACACUUGGUGCGAAAGAGACAGCCGAGGGUGAGGGUCUCUAGAUGGUAAGGUGUGGCUUCAAGUUUUUGCCGAGAUCAGGCCCCGGUUGUUCGAAGAAUGGAUAACGCUAUACACCGGAUAAAUCUCUAUCCGGUGGAUAGCGCAGUACG